GGCCGUAACGGUACGGGGCCGGGGCGGGUAAUGGGGCGGCGGCGUGAGGGCUCCUCCCGCUGGGGGGCGGCUGCUGGGAGCUCUUGAAUGGAGAAUCCAGGCCCUGGAGCGCGUCCAGAGCAGGGCUACGAAGCUGGUGAAGGGCCUGGAGCACAGGUCCUGUGAGGAGCGGCUGAGGGAACCGGGGUUGUUUAGUCUGGGGAAGAGGAGGCUCAGGGGAGACCUCAUUGCUCUCUACAACUGCCUGAAAGGAAGGUGUGGGGAGCUGGGGGUCGGCCUCUUCUCACAGAUAACCAGUGAUAGGACCAGAGGGAAUGGCCGCAAGUUGUGCCAGGGGAGGUUCAGGUUGGAAAUGAGGAGACAUUUCUUCUCAGAAAGAGCAGUCAGGCACUGGGCCGGCUUGCCCAGGGAGGUGGUGGAGUCACCGUCCCUGGGGGUGUUCAAGGAAAGGUUGGGCGUGGUGCUUAGGGACGUGGUUUAGUGGGUAACAUUGGUGGUAGGGGGAUGGUUGGACCAGACGGUCUUGGAGGUCUUUUCCAACCCUAAUGAUUCUAUGCUUGGUCCCCAUGGCGCCCAUUUUACUUGCGUGAAAACAUAACUAGCUCUUUAUAGUGGAAUGAGCUCUGUGACAGUUACAGUACAGGAACAGAUUUCUUCGUGAACAUCUUUCACAGUAGAAAUGUCUUCAGCAUCUUUGUUCUGAUGAAUGGAAAGCGAAUUUUGGUAUUUCUCAGAACCAAGACUGGAAACUCCAGUUCAUAAUUCUUGAUGUUAGUGUUGCUGACCCAACAAAGAAUUUAAUUUCAUAGCAUAUGAACUUACCCAUGCUAAUUUCUUAGUGUCCCAUUGCCAGCUGUGUUGUUUUCUCUUUCUUCUGUGUCUCCAUGACCAUAUUAUGUCUUCUGCUACGAAGCCUCAUCUUUGCUGUGUUUCUUCUGUAAAGCUCUCCUAAUGUGAUUAAUGGAAAAACCCUUUGUUUUUCCCAAACAUGAGCUAUUAAAUCAAGUCUGAUGAACCGCUUUGACUGAUCUUUUCAACUGAUAAGGUUCUUCUAAAGGAAAAGAUGUGCUCAAGAGUUAUCAGCUUGCUUCUCUAGUAAGAAAGAUGGAUUUGUGAGACUAGAUCUAGAUACAAUAACAGUCACUGCUUUCCUGAAUUCAACACAGAAUGCUCAACAUUGUUGCAGAAACACCAAGAUCGUCACUUUCAGUUUAAUCUUUGUCUGUCAAAGGAGAACAAAGAGCAUUUACAAGAAUGACUUCUCACUAACAGUUACCACUUAAAGGAAGUGUCCUAUUUUUCCUGAGUGUUAGAAAAGCCACUUUGGAGGUGUGUUUACAAUGACUACAGCAGCAGAGAGGAAGUUCGUUAAUCUCAGGAAACGUCUAGAUCAGCUGGGCUAUCGGCAGCCACUGGGACUGGAGAGCUUACCUUUGGUGGAAAAGCUUUUUAGUGAUCUUGUUCAUACAACAGAGAGCCUGCGCAGUGCAAAAUUAUCUGCUGGAAAAAUCGAAAAAGAGUUCAGCAAUUAUGAUGCUAUUUUAGAACCUUAUAAGACAGAGAAUGCUAAACUUACCAGGGAAAAUAAUGAACUACAUUUGGAAAUACUAAAACUGAAAGAGCAAUCUGAUCGUCACGUUAAAGACUUGAAAGCCAACUUAAGGAGGGUUGAGCAUGAAACAGCUGACUUAAGAUUUCUGAAUAACCAGUAUGUGCAUAAAAUUAAAAGUCUGGAAAAAGAGAACAAAUCCAAGACUGAAAAAAUUCAGCAGCUUCAGGAGAAGAAUCUGCAAGCAGUGGUGCAAACACCUGGUGGGAGAAAAAGAAACAUUCCAUUCAGGCGUCAGCGCAUGCAGAUAGACCAACCUGUCCCCCCAUCGGGUGUUAGUGCCUACCCAGUUCCUCAGCCAGAGGAUCCUUACAUCGCAGACCUUCUUCAGGUGGCAGAUAAUCGAAUUCAUGAACUUCAGUCAGAAGUAACAGAGCUACAGGAAAAACUGGAGAUAUCUGAAAGUGGAAUGAAAAACUACAGCAAGCAGGUUGAGCUUAGAGACAAAGAAAUAGAACGCCUAAUGCUAGCAUUGGAUGGUGGUCGUUCACAUGAGGUCAUCUCUCUGGAAUCGAGAAGUAAAAGUAAUGAGAAGCUUAUUGCCCAUUUAAAUUUGCAGGUUGAAUAUCUUCAGCAAACAAACAAAGAACUUGAAAAUCGUGUUCAAGACCUCUUGGACACUAAACAAAAUGUGACUAGCGAGGUUGUGCACUUAAGCAAUAAAAAUGAAGAACUGUGUCAAGAACUGAAUGAAAUAGACCAUUUGGCACAGCAGUUGGAAAGACACAAGGAAAUUGUACUUGAGACUGCAGAUAAAGAAAUAGGAGAAGCAAAGAAAGAAAUUGAAAGAAAAGACAGUGAAAUACAGGAUCUUGAAGAAACAGUAGCAAGGCUUAAAUCAGACUUGUGCUCAUGUCGUAGACAGAACGAGAGGCUGAGUGAAGAACUCUUUGGAAAAACAGAUGACAAAGAAAAUCUGGAAGUACUGUUAAAUCAGCUUGAACAAGAGAAACAAAGACUGACAGAAAAAACAGAAAACUUUGAAAUAAAAGAACGAGAGCUUGUCCUAGAAAUAGAAAGAAUGAGAUUAGAAUAUGGCAUAGCCCUAGGAGACAAAUCUCCAUCUCGUCUGGAUGCGUUUGUAAAAACUUUAGAAGAUGACAGAGAUUAUUAUAAGCGAGAAUUAGAAUAUCUUCAGAAAAUGAUAAAACGAAGGCCUAGCCCAAGCCGUAGGACUCCAGAAAAGAGUGAAGAUCUUAGAUUGAUCACCAGAGAAAGAGAUGAGCUACAGUCCAUGUUAGACAGAUUUGAAAAACAUAUGAUAGAAAUUCAAUCCAAUGUCAAAUUAUUGACUGCAGAAAGAGACAGAUUAAGUAUUCUUUAUGAACAGAUUCAGCAAGAAACAGCUAACCUUGAAAAAUCAAAGAUGCAGCGUGAUAUUUCAGAACUGGAAAAUAAUAUUCAUGAAUUUGAAAUGGAAAGGUGUGAACUAAAGAGUACAAUCUCUAUCCUGAAAGAAAGAAUAAACUCUUUGGAAAAUGAAUUAAAAUUGAAGUCCAAUAAACUCGCCCAGACAUCUGAUGAUUCUUCUCAAUUUAAAGCCGAGCUUUGCUCACUUCAGCUCUUAAAUGAACAACUCCAGAGGUCUGUUGAAGACUUACAGCACCGAUUGUCUCUCAAAAAGGAUGAACUGCAGUCAGCUCGAGAAGAAAUUAUAAAGCUAGAGGAGGAAAUAGAUAGGUUAAACCAGAAGAGCUCGUCACAUGAUGAAGCAGUCAAUGUGCUUAGAAGUACCAUUACUGUUUUGGACAAAGAAAAGGACAGUCUUCAAGAAACUGUAGACGAAAAAACAGAAAGAAUUGCAUGCUUAGAUGACAACUUAGCUAACAAGGAAAAAACAAUUACUCAUUUACGUCUAACUCUCUCUGAGCUGGAGUCAUCAACAGACCAGCUAAAGGACAUGCUGAGCAGCAGAGACCGUGAGAUAUCUAGCUUACAUCGCCAGCUUGAUGCAUCCCACAUGGAGCUUGCAGAAACAGGAAGAGUAAAGGAAAUGGCUCUGAAAGAAAAUAGACGAUUACAGGAUGACCUAGCUACAAUGACCAGAGAAAACCAGGCUGUCAGUACUGAGCUUGAAGAUGCAAUACGUGAAAAAGAAGAAAUGAAAACUAGGGUUCAUAAUUAUAUAACUGAAGUUUCUAGAUUUGAGAGCCUGAUGGCUUUAAAGGAAAAAGAAAACCAAGAUUUGUUAGAGAAGUUCCGAAUGGUCCAUACACAAGCUGAAGACUGGGAAAUCAAGGCUCACCAAGCUGAAGGGGAAAGCAGCUCAAUACGACUUGAACUCCUUUGUGUGGAUACAGAUCGGAGACAUCUUCGUGAGAGAGUAGAACUUCUGGAAAAAGAAAUCCAGGAGCAUAUUAUGGCGGCACAAGCAUACGAAUCUCAGAUCUCCUCCAUUACAAAAAAUAUGUCCAAAUUGGAAGAGGACAUUAAACGUGAAAAUCAGGAUAAGUCUUCUGUGUUGGCUGACCUGGCUUCUGUGAGAGAACUCUGUGUUAAACUUGAGGCUAGCAAAGAACUUUUAUCUCGACAGCUUGCUUCCAAAAGCAUGGAUUAUGAACGGGUUCUAGGUGAAUUAGAAGAUAUGAAAUCAGAAGCAGAGUUGCUGAAAAAGCAGUUAUCCAGUGAGAGACUUACAAUUCAGAAUCUCGAAACAUUGCUGGCUACCAGUAGAGAUAAAGAAUUUCAAAACCAUUUAACAUCCCACGAGAAAGAUUCAGAAAUUCAGCUACUGAAAGACAAGCUAACACUUGCAGAAGGCAAACUAAGCAGUCAUAAUAGAGAGGUUUCCUUACUUCGAAGUAAAGUUGCACAGCUGCAGACUGACUAUGAUGUUUUAAAAAGACAACUAACAACCGAACGAUUUGAACGGGAGCGCGCAAUUCAAGAAAUGCGUCGACAUGGUCUCUCUACAUCAUCAUUACGUGCUUCACCUCCUCUCAGUUCUACUUUAAGGUCUCCCUCUCAGUCUCCAGAACGUGCAGCUGUAAGGACAGUUGAAGAAGUGGCAGUUGAAAAAAAUGUGAGCUUCAAGGAGUAACCAGAACUUGAGCAAUCAAAACAUUACUGUGUUAUAAGGACUUGUUUUUUGAAAAUUAUGAAGGAUGACUUGCAUUCUACCUCUGUUUUCAAAUCAGUGAUUACUUUUGAAAUUUCUAAAAACCUAUGAAGUAAUCAACUCUGCAAAAUUCUACUCUCCCAGCUCUCAGGGAUGACUAGAUUUUUGUGGGCUGUUUUGAUGGGGUUUGUAUCAAGGCUGGCUAGGUUUUGUGUUUAUUUGGUAACCAUAAUAUAAUUGUAUGAAAGAAACAAGUAUAUGAUAUGACAGACAAUCUCUUGUUUUCUUUUGCUAUUUUAUUUCUAUUUACUUAUCUCAUAUGGUUAUGGAAGUUUGUUCAUCUUACUGUGAGCUAAGAUAGGAGAAUAACAUACAUGAUUGUUUUAAAAAUGCUGAGCCAGUAUAUCUUUUGUACUGAUGAUAUUCUGUGUGUUUGGAUUUUUAACAAGUGUUUUCUUAAUGCUUUUAAAUAUUGUGAAGAAUGUCUAUAUAUUUUGUGAAUGUAUUUUGCUAACUGAACAUUUUUCUCAAUA